CUUUCUUCUAUGGUCUAUGACAAGUUCCUGUGCGCCACACAUAUCGCGGAGCAUUUGUCGUGGAGAGCUACGUUUAGCUAGCAAUAUGUAUUAACUAACAUUACAGUGCAAACUUAAUGAAAACAUAUUGUUAAUAUUGUUUCAACUGACUGGAGGUGGCGUGGGCAGGUUGUGCUGACCUCAGUAGAAAAAUAGUCCAUUAAAGAUGUCGGAUGAGGAUGAAGCUCCAGUGGUGAAAAAGUCGCGGAUCUUUUAUGGAAGUAUUGAAGAAAAGGAGAAGGAGCGUCUUGGAAGAGAGGGAGCCACUGCCUCAGGCAAAGACGCCAUUAAGGCUGGUAUUGAGGCUGGCAAUAUUAACAUCUCCUCUGGUGAGUCACUGGAGAUAGAGGAUCGUGUGAAUGAGCGGCAGGCAGAGGUGUUGGCUGAAUUUGAGCGCAGGAAAAGAGCCCGACAAAUUACAGUCUCUACUGAUGACACUGAAGUCAAAGCUUGUCUGCGUGCUCUUGGAGAGCCAAUUACACUGUUUGGCGAGGGCCCUGCUGAGAGACGAGAGAGAUUGCGAAAUAUCUUAUCAGUAGUAGGUCCUGAUGCCCUGAAGAAAUCUAAGAAGGAUGAAGAGAAAGCAAAGCGUUCCCAGGAGGACUCUCAGCAGACAUGGUACCAUGAGGGCCCCGAGACUCUGAAGGACGCACGGCUCUGGCUAGCAAAAUACUCAUUACCCAGAGCUGUAAAGAGGUUAGACACUGCACGUGCUCUAAAAGAUAUUCCGGAAUCUACACGCACAGUACGGCAGCAAGAGCUUCACAAGGCUCUCAGGAACCUGAACAACUUCUGCAGUCAGAUUGGAGAUGAUCGCCCAAUAUCCUAUUGCCAGUUCAGCCCUAACUCCAAACUGCUGGUGACUGCAUCUUGGAGCGGUCUAUGCAAGCUCUGGAAUGUCCCAGACUGCAGCCUCGUUCGUACAUUAAGGGGUCACAAUACAAAUGUUGGAGCCAUUAGCUUCCAUCCACAGGCCACACUCACUCUCAAGAAGUCAGAUGUCAACAUGGCUUCCUGUGCUGCAGAUGGAUCUGUUAAAUUGUGGAGUUUGGACAGUGAUGAGCCCGUUGCAGACAUUGAGGGCCACUCCAUGAGGGUGGCUCGAGUAGCAUGGCACCCUUCUGGCCGGUUUCUGGGCACAGCAUGUUAUGAUAACUCAUGGCGACUGUGGGAUCUUGAAGUCCAGGAGGAGAUUCUUCAUCAAGAAGGCCACAGUAAAGGUGUUCAUGACCUGCAUUUCCAUCCUGACGGUUCCUUAGCAGGAACUGGUGGUCUGGACUCCUUUGGUCGCGUAUGGGACUUGAGAACUGGUCGCUGUGUCAUGUUCCUGGAGGGGCAUCUCAAAGAAAUAUACGGGAUCAACUUCUCUCCAAAUGGUUUUCAUGUGGCCACAGGGAGUGGGGACAACACGUGUAAAGUAUGGGACCUGCGGAACAGAAAGUGUGUAUACACAAUCCCUGCUCACCAGAAUCUGUUGUCUUCAGUCAAAUUCCAGCCUAUAGAUGGUCAUUUCUUGCUGACUGGUGCUUAUGACAAUACGGCCAAAGUGUGGACCCACCCUGGCUGGUCUCCACUGAGGACCCUGGCGGGGCAUGAGGGAAAGGUGAUGGGGCUGGAUAUGUCUCCUGAUGGACAGCUUAUUGCCACCUGCUCCUAUGACCGCACCUUUAAACUCUGGGUGUCUGAGUGAGGAAAAUGGGUGUUGGAGCGGAUGCAUGAGACUAAUUGAUGUUUCUGUUUUUAAUUAAACCAUGAACGGAUACGUAAGUUCAUGAUCCUACCACCGCUAUUGGGUUUGAGUUUCUCUAAAUAGCUUGUAUUUUUUGCUCUGCAUUGAUCGUGAUGGACAUUUCAAAGUCCUUUUAUGUUUACAUAGCGUACAUCAUCCUUUUGUGUUGUGUAACUUUUAUUGACCAGCAACACAGAUGUUCGGAUUUUUCUUAUGCAAACUUCGCAUAUUUUUUCUUUUUGUUGAUUCUCUUCUUAACCCCCCAACCCCACCCACCCGACAAAAGUAUAAGGUUACAUUAAUUAUACUGUCUGUUGGUGCAUGGGUGCACACACGUUUGUAAUUGUCUUGCGCAUAUGAUGUUUUAGAAUAAGUAAAAUCUGAUCAUUGUGUUCCACUUAGAUCUAUUGAGUAUCUGAUCUGUUAAUUAAACUGAUAAUUCUUUCUACA